AUGAAAGACGUUCAUUGUUCUCUUAUACAACGUAUGGUGUUCAAGAAAGCUGAUUAUGGAGAUUUCAAUAAUAACGGCACGUUUGAUGUUACUGCAGAGAUUGAUAGGAAAUGCAGCAUAUUAACCAACUGUCAGUUGAAAUCUCACUGUGGUGGAAGCAGAUCUUGUGAACUGACCAUCGACAAUAAUUUGCUAUCAUCACAAUAUUGUUCUGAUAUUUCAAAAGAAGUUUACACCGACUACAUUUGUGUGGAUACCUACAUUAGUUUAAAUUUAAAAGGUGAAUAUUCUUGUCAGUACGUGGCAUUGCUUUUUUGAAGAAAAUUAAAUAUCUCAAUAGUAAAACAUGGAAAAAAUCUAUAAAACUUACUGUACAGUUUUAUGAGUUCUUUCAUUUAUUAAGACAACAAAUAGUUUUGUGUCAUUUACAAAAAAAAACGUCAAAAUGUGUCAUUAUAGUAUAGCCAUUUGGAAAUCAACUUUGUCACUAGGAAUCUGCUCUGUGUAGUCAAAUUUUACUUUGAUAUAUUAAGUACCAUUUUGCUUUCUCUUAGGACCUAACGUUAGAUUUUCAGAGUCACCAACCAAAGGUUUCAUCGAAAUAAAAGAUGGUUCAACAUGGAGAAAAGUUGAUGAAGAAAAUUGGGAUAUAAUUCGCCAUAAAAUGCUGUGUCGGCAUUUGGGAUUUAGCGAGACUGAUGACCAUAACAUUGGUACCCGCAAUGUUGGAAGUGGAGAAAAUAUUGCAACUGGGGACUUGAUAUGUUAUAACACACAGCCAAAUGGGACAUCUUGUUGUGUCAAUCUUCAACGCAAUACAACUACAUCAAUUGUUAACUUGCCGUAUGCAAUAUGUGAGUAUGGUUUACACGUGUGUAAAGGUGCUUUUGUACAAUACAAUUUUUAAUGAAGCCUGUCUCGCAGCAAAGUUUUUAGAAAACAUUAAAAUGUUGAAAUGUUUCCUAGUUUUGAUAACAUCAAGAGAAACAUGAACAGGCCUUGCCACUCUCUCAAGUAACCAAAUAACUGUACUUUCUUAUUUUCACUGUAGGUAAGAUAUGUGACAACCCGUUGCUACAAAAUGUUACCACGUUUCCAGAUUCGGUGUUUUCUGGUAGUGGCUCUAGUAAUUUUAAAGAUGCAAGGUUUUCCGGAAAUGGAUGGUGUGCUGCAGGAUCUGGAAACAACUACAUUUUGCUUGAUCUUCAAAAAGAAUAUCAUAUAGCACAGAUUGUGGUUAUGGGAAAUGAAAAUCAGACAACGUGGAGUGAUUCAUAUUCAUUGAAGUUCAGUCAUAACAAAACUUUGAUAGAUGGUAGCAGUGCAAUUCAGGUAUGAAUAGAAACAGGACGCAUUCCACACUUAAAUAUACAUGUCAGUGCCAUUCAGCCAUUACUAGCCAUUACAUGUCAGUGCCAUUGGCACACCUCCUUUUCUUCUCAAAAUUUGCCCAAAUUUUGAAUCUCAUCGGGUCUUUGUUAUUUUUUGGGGGAGGGCUAUUGGCUAUACCCCCCCGUUCCGCCGCCUAUGCACAGGCUUAACCUGCAGCGGAACAAACCCCAAACCUUAAUACUUAAUAUAUCUUUUAUCCCUGCCAACAUUUUUAAGCUUAGCAAUUAAUCGUAUUCUAAUUUACACUGAAAUUUUUAACUUUUUUAAAUUUGUAAAUUAUGCAUGCAGUUGAGUAAUGUUUUAUACACCUAACUAAUUAUUGUAAAAUUGUGUAAUUCAACCUGCUGGUUGCAAGGCAAUUCUAUUAAAACGAUCUAUUUAUCUAUCUAUCUCCAUCUUUUAUUAUGGUCCAAUAACACGUGGUUUGCUCAUGAGUUUUGAGUUCUUCACUUCUUCGGCAAUGGAAAGGACCAUAUAAUAUGAAUUGAAAUUUUCUUUCUACUCUGUUCUUUAUUUUUUAGAUAAAAGGAAAUCAGAAUGGUUACCAAGCAUCUGUAACCAUUGUCGAUAUUUACAAUGUGAGAUAUUUGAAAAUAGAGUCAACAAGGAAGACAGAAUUUUGUCUUAGAACAGAACUGUGUGGAGAAGGUAGGAUUUUACUGUCAGUUUGCCAUAACCGCCACAGUAGGUAAAUUGUGCCUUUAUUGCGCCUUUGGCUGAUCACAGACAAAUUUAAAUGACACUGUAAGAUAAAUAAAAUAUCUGAGGCAGAAUCUGUUGUUGGGUGAAACUCUCACCUCGGAAAUUCAGAAUUCACCACACUGAAAUUUGAGUAUAAAUGGCAGAUUGGACUGAAAUUUGAGUAUAAAUGGCAGAUUUGACUCAAUACAGUUUUUAAAAAAAUGAUAAACAAAAAGUACAUUACUUAUAUAAAACAACAUAGUAAAGAGUUUGAAUUUUUGCACAUAUGUUACGCAACUGCCGUUGCUAUGGCAACAAUAGGGAGCUUUAGAUUCGCUACGGCUACGAAAUCUGGUACGCCUACGAGAUAUUUUCCGUUAAAUAUCUGCUACUACAGACUUUCUAUCGUCUUUCCUUUGCAUACCACAUCUUUAUAGCAACAGUUGCGCCAAACCACGUACUAUUAUAAGUUUUUAGUAGCUGAUAUUUAAUGGAAAAAGUCUCGUAGUCCGGUAGUCGUACUAGAUUUCGUAGCCGUAGCGAAUCUAAAGUUCCCUAAUGACGUUUCAAGAUGGCGGAUAUUUUGGCAUUAAAGUAAUUUAAAUCGUAAACGACAUUGGUGACCCCCAAAUUUUAUUUUAAAAAAUGAUUUCAUUUAGUAUGAUCAAUUAUUUUGACAAUUUUAAAAAUUCUGUGGAGCCAAAAAAAAUUAUUAUGAAUAAUCACCUUUACGUAAUUUUAAAAAUGUCGGGUCAACCAACGUAAUUCAAUAUACUAACACAAACUAUUUUUUGAAAUAAAAUUUGGGGGUCACCGAUGUCGUUUUCGAGUUAAAUUACUUUAAAGUCAGAAUUUCCGCCAUAUUGAAACGUCAUUGUUGCUAUAGGAACGGCAGUUGCGUAAAUUUUGUUCAAAAAUUCAAACUCUUUGAAUGCUGUUUUACAUAAGCUAGAUGCUUUUUGUCGCAUCUAAAUCGCAAAUUUUCCGCAUUUUUAAAAAACUGUAUUGAGCCACAUUAAGAGGAUAUUGUCGGAAAAAAGUUAAUUAAUUAAUUUUCUCCAUUUUUAGAUAUGGAAUUUUUUCUAUCGUUUCAAAGUUUAAUGCAGUUAAAUUGAUUUCAUUGUUCGUUUUUAGUUCAAUUGCCAGCGCCUGUGGAGAACAUUACUACAAAAUCAUCAAAUUUCUCUGUCGAUCUCUCAUGGACAAUACUAGGACCCCGACAAUCCAGUUAUAUCACACAUUUUAUCAUUUAUCUCAACGGCAUACAGUUGCAGCGAAUUUCCCGAGAGAAAUAUGGAAUACAUUACAUUAUUUUUGGACUUACAUCGUACACUGAUUAUGUUGUUGGAGUACAGGCACAAGAUGGUUCCUCACACAGGAGCGUAAUAGCGUACGAAAGUUUCAAGACCGAAGAAGCUGGUAAGCAUAGAAGCUAAGAUAGUCUCCUAAGGUCUAGUUUACUAACGACAGGUAUAGAACGCUGCGCCAUGUGCGACGUAGACAUGUUUGCGUUUUGACGCAGAGUUUAGUGCAAUAUAUAUCGGCAUAACCAUAACAAAGCGUUUUUCGAAGCGAUUAAUUUGUUGCUAUUAAUUUACCGCCCUUUAAGGUACGUUUACACCAUGGUUUACACACAGCGAUUAAUAAGGCCGAUUCAGCUUUAAUUAAACGAUAUUUGAAUAAUACGCUGUCAAUUUCAUCUGACGACAUCGUCAACUGACAACAUUCGUCAUUAGUAUAAUUACAUAGGUGAUUAUUGAAAAUUCUCCACGCUGAUUGCAUGGUUGCUGAUGAGGUGAUUAGAACGCGAUAAUCAUCUAUAAAGAGUUUUUCAAAAUGGCGGCAAGCCAAGAACGAGAAUAUCGCCUAUAUUGACCAUACGAUAUUUGCCAAAACAUGACUAUAUAUAACUCGGGAAAAGACCAUCGUGUGCAAAAUAUGUUUAAUUAUUAGGAAAUUACAAUUUACAGCAUGAAAAUUACUAGCUACACUGACGGAGAAAAUUGUAAAUCUGAAUUCCGAAAGGUGAAAGCACUGAGACUUUGUGACUGAGACAAGAAGGCCUGAAUAGCCAAAGAAAUAACAACCCUUGUUUUUGGAUUUUAAUAUUUUCCUUUUUUAUCCGGAUAGUAGUGUAAGAGGAAUUUUGUAAUUUUUCUGUGCUAAUGGAAUGGGUUCCUUUGUUUUGUAAUUUACACCGGGUCCAGCGAAACAAAUCUUGCUAAAUUUGUGUAUAUGUUUUAAAAAACAAAAUAAAAUACUCGAAAUAGUAGAUAUCUGUGUGUUUAUGUAAUGCCCGCGGUUUCGCUCUAUAGGAACCGCUAAAUUCCCCAUGUUAUCAUAUUUCACUCCGUUUGCAAUGAGCGAGUUAGGCGCGAGUCACACCGGCUGUCAGUUACGCUCGACCAAUCAGCGCGCAGUGGCAUCCUUAUGUUUAAGGAAGCGUGAAUCACGCGUUAGUCACACCGUGAGUCACGGUCGUCAGACUCGGUCAAUCAGCACGCCGCGGCAUCCCUUUUUUACCGAUGGCUCCCGCGAAGUACUCCACCCGUUCCAGAACCCCUCUUUUGUAUACUACUCCUACCACUUAUGCGACAGGGGGUAUAUAAACAGAACUAUAAGUCCCAAUUGACAUCUAUACCUGCUAACUAUUAUACCAUUAGCUACAUACAAAUUUAAAACAUUAAGAAAAGUUAAAUUUCACCUGGAAGAGUGUAAUCAGACAAUCAGUCUCAAGUUUUUUGUUUAUUAAUAAGUUAAUCAAUUUAUAUCUAUUAAACUUGUUAUAUCUUUACAAUACUUGGGUAAAUUGUUCCAAAAUAAAACACAACACGAUUGGAAUGGGAUAGACUUGGAAUAUGAUAUAAAUCAAAUAUAGAUAUUUAAGCCUGUUUUUUAUUAAUUUAAGUACCUAGUGGACCUCCAUUGGAUGUGAAUUUUGAAUCCCGCGGUAAAAACUCACUCAAAGUAUCUUGGAAAACUCCCGAUAAACGUUUAUGGCAUGGUGAAUUGACGGGAUAUCAAGUUUGCUAUUCAACCCUGGAAAGUGAUAAAAAUCCGAAAUGCUCAAGAGCUACUGCAUUCUUGUAUACCAUUUAUAAUCUGCACUCUUCCACAGAGUACUUUGUGACUGUUUCAGCUGGCACAAAAGUUGGUUAUGGAAACAAGAGUUUGGAAAUCAGUCAAAUAACAAACGGAGGUAAACAAACUAGCAUAAUAUUAUACCUCAAGGUAGGUUUCUGCCACGUGAAUAUGAUAUUUAUCAUCAAAUCAUGCGCUACGUGAUCGUAUUUGAUACAGCGGGUGAUUUCAAUCAUAUCACAUGCACGGGUAAUUUAAUCAUAUCGCAUUCGCGAAAACCACGCGUGGCAAGCACGCAUAUAAGGUAGCAGACAAAAUGAAGACUAAAGAGUGAUGAGUUUUUGAGCGUCAAAGAAAUUUAUGAACAAUGUUGUGUUCGAACAAUGUUGUGUUUGUGCUUGAAUAUUCCAGAGGAUAGCACACUAGAAUAAUAUAAAGGAAAAGCGAUAAAGACUUGCGUGCAUGAAUAUUUCUCAAAUUCAUUAAUGAUUCAAGAGUAAUUAAACCAAUAGCAGGGACGCCGGAACGAUAAAAAGGCAAAGGGAGGCAGACGCACACCAAAGGGCACCUCUAUAGAUCAAAAGUUCGAAAUUUACCUGAAAUUUUUUUUUUACAUGAAAUUUUUUUGGGCGACCAAACACCGUCAGACACAGCACCACAAAAGUUUAGCUGCAUACGUAAUUAAGAUAUUUGAUGAAAGUCACUAGUGUUUUCAUCAAAUAUCUUAAUUACGCAUGCAAAAUUACUUGAAUAGAAUUCCUAAUUACGUUAUGCUUGGGUAAGAAUUCUACUCAAAUCAGCAAACGAAAACAUUCUGUUACGUCUCGAUUCAUUUGAGAAGCCAUAUAAACAACUCGAGCUCGUGUCUCACCGGGAUAUCCAAACACGAGAAAACAAUGUGUUUUCAUACAUUGUUUUCUCUUGUUUGGAUAUCCCGGUGAAACACUCGCUCUCGUUGUUCAUAUAUUACAUAAACUGAUAUAAGACAUUGCUUGUAUUCAUAAAGGUAUGUAGCCCUUCAGGAAAUAUUUCCGUGAAUCCCCCUCGCUUCGGAUCUAUAAAUGUGAGAUAUCGGCGGAGCGUUUUUCUAGAAAGCUGUCUGCAUGUAGUACUGUGAAUCAUCGAGUUCCGAUUGUGUCGUAACAGUGGUGGAAAAACAGUCAAGCAAGUUGCGACAACCCUUUUGAAGUUUUGCCUAAACCGACGUUUAUAUCUACAACUCUAUGUCUUGCCACAGUAGCCCAAUUUUGUUUCGGGGGAGGGGGAUUUGGGUUGCGAUAUUAGUUAUUGCCUCUCUUUUGUUGCUGCAAAUUGCGUUUCUUUAAACUUUUUUCCCCAUUGACCGAUUCGAAAACUAUCCCCCACAAUUUUGCAUUAUGUUCUACUUUAUGCACUACCAGAUUGUUAUUUGGAAGCGAAAUUGUAGCCCUUGGAAAUGUGCAAAAACACCAAACUAAAUCUACGAUAAACUUCAGUAUUUUUAACAUUUAAUUUCUCAAAGACAAUAUACAAAGUAUUACAUUCAUACUUUGUAAAACUGUUAGUCUUGAAGUAUUCUAUAAGGCGGCAGUGACUACCUUGGUUGAAAUUAUUUUUGGAAGAAAAAAGAAUGACAACUAUUUUUCGAAACGAUCUAUGCAUGCAAGUUUUCUUAAUAAAUAACCUACCAAUGCUUUCAUAGUUAUUGUAAAAGCUCUGUUACGCAGUUAUUCGGUUACUAUUUAAAAAAGUUAGGAAAUUAUGGGGGAGCAGUUACAUGCUCCCUCUGGCCCCUCCUAUAUAUGCAGUAGUGUUUGCCACAGUCUUGGCGGAUAUUUUACUCCGUACAUUGACCUCACAGGCUGUUUAGUUGGCAACCACUGCAAUUAAUGUAUUAACUGCUGAAUUUUUUAUUCUUAGAGCCAAUAAAUCCAUUCGCAACGUCCUAUUAUACUCUGAGCUUAAACAUACCCAAACCAGCAGAAUAUAUCAAGUAAGUUUCUACGUGGCCAAAAUAUAACAUCUCCUUCGAGUACAUCGUGUAGAAAUUCGAGGGGUGAUUCUGUCAUUAUUGGCAUGCGAUAUUUAACAUGAGGAACGAUCGACCAGAAUUUUUUCUAGGCAAAUUUUUCCCUGGGAAAGAAAUGGUAAAACAAAUUUCGGCAACAUGAUAUGUCAGCGAUCUCUCCUUGGCUCCUAGCUCUUGACUCACUCAUUUAGCAGCUUUACCUCGGUUCCGAGAUGUAGACUCUUAACCUUAUUCAAUCAUUGAAUUCGAAUCUCUCCAAAGAAAUAAUUUCGAAUUAAUUUCCUUCUCUUCGUUUUUGUAAUUUUAUUACGGAGCGAUCUGUGAUUUACAGUAAUUACAUGAGUUCACAUUGCGACGUAACGAUAUUAUUAAAUGAGAGUCCCCAACGCCAUCGUCACUGCGCUCUACAUCUCGACUGGCAUCUAAAAUGUACUACCCCUGCAUUCUCAUUUGACAACUAAUUCCUCAUUUCAUGCUACUAUAAAAUGUAUGAUUACCUCUAAUAAUAGCACUUUGUUUUGCUUCUAUGGUGCGAUGCUUAAUGAUUUAGAGGAGUGAUGGUCAUAGUUCACAAUGCAACAGCCGGCAGUUCAAUACCCAGCGCUAAUUUUCAAACAAACAACCUGGGACCUUUCCAGGAAAACAUACAAGAUCUCUAUGUCACCGCUUAUUUGAAAGCUGAUGUUCUACCUUUGACAUUCGUGAUCGGUGAUGGCAAGGAGUAUAAUUCUGAAAAACAAAAAUACUUCAACCAACCUCUGAAACAGAAUUCAAGUUAUAUCGUGUUCCUGAGAUUUUUUGAAAGCAACGUGAGUACAAGCUGAAUAAUGGAGCUAAUCAAAUUAAAUUACAUAAUAAGUAUGAAACACGAAAUUUGAUUGGUCAAUAGCCGUGCAGGAUCAGGCUAUCCUGCACGAGGAAUUAAAAUGCCUUCGCGGGAUUUUCGCGGGAUUCUCAAAAUGUCAUUGUCUCACUGUAGUUAUUUCAUAAAACAAUUGCCAAAUGGUUUUCCAAGCAGGAUAGCGUGAUCCAUGCACUUGGGAUGUUGCUCGAGUAUUUUUACGCUUUCCGAAAGUCUCUCGACAUCCCUCGUGCAUGGAUCACGCAAUCCUGCACGGAAAACCAUUCGGCGGUAUAGACUGCCAUAGAAGGGUCUGGAAAGGACUUUGGAAAGUCUACAUUCGGUAUUGCUUUAUUCAUGAAUUUAUGUGUUUUCAGAAGCAAACAGGGAUUGCAUUUAUCUACUUAAAACAAAUAUAAUUAUAGCGAACAAAAACAUCGCUAGUAACCAUCACUGUUGUCUUUUCAAUAGGACUCGUAUUAUUCAACAGAAUGGAGUAGCAGUGUUAAAACUAUGGUAAAACCUCCAGGUAAAUCGUCAAAAAAUAUUACUACUCCGAUCUUUCUCUUAUUGGAAUUAAAUAUUCGCCACCAAAACCUUUCUAAAGUGCUUCUGAAUCUUUUCUGAUCAUUCUGAUACCAAGUUUGUUGAAAAAGUCGAAAAAAUGUUGUUAAUUUGGCGUUUCAAGGUGGUAGUCCAUGCGAAGAAUAUACAGCCGCUAUAAUUGCCACACGUGACGGUAUCGAUGACACAGCCAUACCCUGAACGUGUGAACUGCCAAGAUCUACUUCCGUGUUUACGCAAAGAACCAGCCGAAGUCGACGCCAUGUUUACAAACCGCAUGCAUGGCGAUCCAGCAAGAAACAUCGUUAUGACGUCGUCAUAGCCUACACUGAUUUUUGCAUCUGGAGCGUUUAAUUUCGCGACUUUGAUAGCCGAUAAAAACAAAGCUACACGAAAAUUUAAAAAUCGCUUUUCAGAAUUGGAAUUAACACAAAAAAACUCUAUCAAGAAAAUCUUAACACUGAAAAUUUCUUAAGCACUUUGAACAAUUUCUUAUUACCGUUGCUUCCUAUCGGCUGAAAGUUCAUGUUUUCGUGUCAAACUUUUCCAAAAUAAAACUACAUUCCUGACGUCGUGAAAUAGAUAUCUUGUGAAUGACGACGUCUGAUUGGCCCGUGAGAGAUUAGGUUAGAUAGAUAGAUAGAUAGAUAGAUAGAUGGUUUAUUUGCAAAGCAUUGCAGCCAAAAGCUGAAUUACGCUAAGAAUUACAUAUAGUUUAAAAUUAGAAUAACUAUUAAAAAUUUUAAAAGUUUGGAGCCAAAUGGCAAUGUGCGUAUAAGUUGACUAUAAUUGUCUACUACUAUAACUAGGUGCGCAUUUUCAGUGCAUUGUGAGUUAUGAAACUAUUCCUAAAUCGGUCUGUUUUAAAAAGCUGAUUUUUAAAAAGUCGUUUCUUCCUAAGCUUAAUUUGGCAUUCGUUUACAGGUGGUAAAAGUUUGUUCAAUUUGUGACUUGGGUCGCUAAUAAUUUGCUGGAAUAGUUUGUCUGUUAGUUGCUGUCUUCAUGCUUCUAGAGGGACCAACUCAGCAACGGAGAGAGAUUCGUCAUAUGAUAAGGCUGGAAAUAUUAUCCGCAUCGCGCGUUUCUGUAUUCUUUCGAUGUCUUUAACAAGGUAAUUUGGCAGGCUAUCGUGAAAUACUGGGCAGCCAUACUCUGUAACAGGUCUUAUAUACAAGUACAGUAAAAGGUAAUAAGUUCCUUACUGCCCACGUUCGAACGUUUUAGUUGGCUCAGAAAAUACAAACGCUUAUUCGCUUUCUUCAUAAUAACAGAUAUGGCUAUUCCACUUAAGAUCGUUAGAUAUCUGCAUGCCAAGGAGUUUUACACUUUCAACGACCUCCAGUUGCUUAUUGUUGAUGGUAAUAGGAUCGAAAUUGGGAGGAGAUUUACUGAAGCUAAUACGUAACUCUUUACACUUGGACUCGUUUAACGUAAGUUUAUCAAUAGAAAUAUGUCGUGUAAGUUCAUCAACUUUCUCCUGUAUGUUGGAUUCGUUGUUUCUUUCAACAAUUUCAGACAUCGUUGUGUCAUCGACGUAUUUCCAGAGUUCCGAAUCUUGGAUUUUCAAAUCAUUUAUCAUGAUAACGAAUAACCACGGCCCGAGUUUGGUACCCUGGGGAACCCCAGAUGGAAUAGUUCCCCAUUCAGAAUAGCAGUCGUUACCAAGUUUGACACGUUGUUUGCGACAAGUAAGAAAGUCAAUAACCCACAAAACAAUGCUUUCAGGAAUAUCAUACGAUUUUAGUUUGUCUACAAGUAUAUGGUGAUCGAUCAAGUCGAAAGCUUUCUUAAAGUCAACUAAUACUGUCCUGACAGUUGCGCCACUACCGUCAGUUGCUUUAUUCCACGAAUGCAGCAUGCUGAUCAGGGCCUGGGUGGUGUUACUACCAGGUAUCGUCCCAAAUUGAUUUGGAUCCACCUUCUUCAGAACUGCAGGCUUUACAAAUUCUUCUACGACAAAGUCUUCCGCAACUUUCGAGAGGAUAGAUGUCAAAGAUAUAGGACGAAGAUGGCUAUUUACGUCAAGAAUUUGCUUUUGUUUUGGGAUUGGUGAAAUAUUGGCCAAUUUCCACGAUGAUGGGAGUCGAGCUUCCAAAAAGGAACGGUUUAAUAUAUUUGAUACUGGCGCAGCAAAUAUGUCGGCAUUGUCUUUUAAGAGCCAACUCGGUAUACCGUCGGGUCCGCUUGCUUUAGUUGGAUUUAACGUGGACAGUUUCUUGUUAACAGAAAACUCGAACACUUGGAGGCAGCAGCAUUCGAACACUGGGCUGUUUGGUACAAAUUCUUCGGUUUGUAAAGGUGUAAAAUGACUCAUAGGGGCAAGGAAUGCCUCAUUGAUAACAUUGGCAAAAAAACCCAUUCUCUGGAAAAGGCAAAAUCCGUCGAGAAAUUUCCCGAAGCUGCGACGGAUUAAGUACGUCGCGGCUGAGGUAAAGGACGAGAUACUAGAAUGAAUUAAUUGCAAUUUCAUUGGGUAUGUCCGGAAAAAAUUUUGGACCCCUAAAAUGGUACAAUGUCCGAAAAUUUUUUGGCGACGGGGGGGGGGUCGCCAAAAAUAGAUUGUUCCGAGAAAAAUUUUUGAAGCCUAUUUUUAGUGGAGCAAAGGGGCCCAAAGUGGCCGAUUGACGGAGGGCCCCCAGCGGUUGCGUUACGCCACUGCUUGUUGAUCUAGAAUUCUUAUGGAAUAUGGACUAUUUUUAUUCAGCUAGCAAAUUUGAUGGACUUGAGGUGUAGGGUAAGGCGCAUUUUCGGGUUUCCUGUGCUUCGCCUCUUAAGUUUGGCUGCCAGUACACAGGAUGGGCAUCAUCGUAGAGACUUGAUUAUUCAACCCAAAGGAUCUUGUCUAAAAGUACACACGAGUGACCACGAAUGACCACGAGUGACCACGAAUGACCACGAGUGACCACGAGUGACCACGAAUGACCACGAGUGACCACGAGUGACCACGAAUGACCUAGCCCGCGUGCAGGCCCAAAGGAAUAUGACUAUUAAACACAGAAAUCACUCGUGGUCACUCGUGGUCAUUCGUGGUCAUUCGUGGUCACUCGUGGUCACUCGUGUGUACCGUACUUUUAGACAAGAUCGGCAACGCUACGAUAAAGCAAAUUGUGCAGGGUUCUUGUGAACUGACACGUGAAUACGUAUGCUCUCCCAGAUAGAUUGUUUCGGCUUUCUCAAAAGAAACAUCAACUAGCUAGGGGUCAUUUUUGACUACAGUACCUACUUGGGGGGCUACUGCUAAAAAGCGAUACAGCGAUACAGGAACUGGAACCUCGAGCUGGAACCGGAACCUGUCAUAAUUUAUGCAAAUUAUCGCACUUAAUGACCGUGGGAUUUUUUCAGAGAGGUCUGAGAAUACCAUAAAACGCAAAAAUUUAACCAUAUGACUACUGCAGCCGGUUAGUUCAUUUCAUUUUAAAUCUUGCCAUACCCAAAUGUUUAACGAUGAAUACUAUGACUGUUAUUAAAUAUUACGCAGCGUAUUUAACCUCUGUAUUUAACGUCAAUGAAGAGGUGAUCAUAAACAAUCACAUUCUUACAUUCUUACUCUAAGAUAAAGGCGACUAUAAAUUGUAUUCCUUUGAACAUUCUAGUACGCCAUAGUUGUUCAAACUGCUACGUUAUUUACAUCAUUUUCACGGCUCAUGACCACGACAACAGUUCAGUAAAACGUUCGAAGUCGUGUGUGGGGUGUCUUAUGUUGAAUUCUCUGACUAUUGCUAUACAUAAAGGUUUUUGUAAAGAAAGGUAAGUGCUUAAAUAAAGUUAAUAAAAGCCAAUAAAGUUUAAUAAUGUAUGCUUUGGCAUGCAUACCAAAAUAUAAGUAAUUUUGUUUCCUGCCGUUGCUGUUGUUGGUUGCCAAACUCUCUAUUAAUUCUACAAGACCACGCAACGCCUAAUCGCGUUGAAAGAACACAUUUUAAUGUGGUAUUUAUAAAAUAAAGAAUUUACUAAACAACGCUAGCUGCUAACCGUAUACUAUACGGCUCGAAUUCCGUUUUAUUUUUGUGUUUUUAAUUAAUCAAGGUAUAUAUCGUUUUGAAAAUCUCCCCCUAAAAAUAUCAUCGCACUAAUUAUUGCAUAAAUUAUGCGCGGUUCCAGGUUCCAGUUCCUGUAUCGCUGUAUCGUCGUGUUACUGUGUCGCUUUUUAGUAGUAGCCGUAUUUGCCAACAUUUAUAAUUAUGAAUAUAUCGGAACGGAAGCAAAUAAUAAUCUAUUUUCACUGCUAAUCCUUCUAGAAAGUGCAACAUACAGUAUAGUCGCAUGAUCAAUAUAAGAUCAGCAUAUAUAAGAUCAGCAUGACUACACACUUUAUUAAUUAAUAUUGCUUUGAAGCCUUCUUCCAAAUUAAACAAAACAGGCAAUCGAUAUGUCACAAGUUCCUUGUAGGUUGUAUAUACGUCUAGACGUUGUUUUGUUAAACACUACGUACGUUCAUUUUUGGUAAAGUACUUAAAUAUCUGCACUGAUGAAGAUCCAGAUUUAGGAAUCGAAACACAGAUCUCUCAACUCUCACGCAUUCGGCGUGAGUCUCACGCAAUUCGCUUCACUCUCACGCUCUCACGCCACGAUUAGUUAAUCUCACGCAUAUAGCACUUUCAUAGUAUUUUUUCAAUAAUAUAAUAUUGUAUUUCUUAAUAAAUGCACAUUAUUAAUCAUUAUACUGAUCGCGAAUCGAAUAUAUAAUCGCGUGUUAUGGUUCCUGCAUAUACGGCCCGACAUUUUGGCUUUUGCCCGCAAUUUGCAUGGAUACAAAAUAGUACGCAUAUGUAAAUACGGCGGACAAAAGGCAGAAUCAGUCGGAGCAGAAUUCUAUAUGUAAAUUAUCAAAGACAAAUUAAAACUCAUUACUGUAUGUCACAGAAAUACAGUUAUUGUAACUAAAGUGCCUUGUCUCAAUAAAGGACGUUAUGAAGCAAUGUAUUUCAUUAAAAAACACCAACUCUAACGAAAUGCCAUUUCAGACCCCCGGACUUUUACAAAGGUGUCAUCCACAUCCCCAAUCUCACUCUUAACUUCUCUGCAAAGUUGAGAGGUCUGGAAACACUCUUCUCCGCAGACUGAGGUUUUCUGUAACUUUCUUAUGAAAUAAACGCGGGGCAGCACACUGGGGAACUUAUCUGCAUGCCUCAAAAUCUGCGGGUAUAUAAUCCGCGUGUUAAACUAUAAUAUAAGGGUAAUGUCUAAAAGGGAUGGACGCGAAAAGUAGUUUACGAAAUGGUUCCAAAGUUAAAAUAGGCUUUGUAAGGGUUAGAAUUAGAGUUAGGUGUGGGGCGAGGGUAAGGUUUAGUAUUGUUGCAAAUGGCUGGUUAUUGAUUCUUUUACAUUUUAAUGAUCUUAAAAACUGACGGCCAUCUUGAAAACCUGUCUCUCGUUCAUCCCUUUUAGUCACGAUCAUAAUAUAACACCCUAGUUCAUGUUUAACACGUCUCUGCGUAGGAGAGUGGGAUCCGAAGCUGCGCCAUGUUAAAUUGAUUUGUAAUGACGCAAUAUGUGCGAUUUGAACUAUAGCGAGGAGACCAGGCAUACGAAGGCUAAUUAAUUACGAUAUAUUUUUACCAAACAGGCUAUGCAUGGGCGCCAAAAGAAAAGACAAAAUAUAUAAUAGACUUCGGGAAUGACUAUUAACAAGAUCAGAUCGACGCUUUAUAUAAUUUUAAAUCGCUGAGUCUAUAUUGAAAUAGAAAGGCACAUUGGAGCAGUUGCAAAAAAUGCAACUAUAAAGUCUCUCUGGCAGGAAUCGACCCUGCGGCCUGGCGAAUCAUGUGGUACACCGCUUAAUAGAUAUUAGGUGAGAUACAAACCAUAAAAUAUGUAUAUUAGAAAAUGCGCUUUUAUUUUCAUUCUUAUGCAUUGUCAGCCUAUUACAGCACUUGGCAUUCAUUUGUGCAGCAUGCAAUCCUGAUAUUGCAUACUCCCAAUUAGGUUUCCUCAGCAUGGGACAGGAAGCUGAUUAUAUAUUUACUAUUUUAUUCCAAGUCAGCAUGAAAAUCACCAACCGUGCCAAGUGUUUGAACAGCACCUAACUCGAAACAAAUAUUUCCCAGUGCAAAUCUGAGGACUCAAGAAUGUUUCUGCACGAGUAUUUGGUAGUCUUCAUCUGUUUGAAUGCUUUUGUCGGUUCAGUAUGGUCAAAUAGUUCUAAAGGUAAGGGCAAGUUUAUGAAAAAAGUACAGUACAUAUAUUAAUUAAGUAAGGCCAGUUGAGAUCGAAAUUGAAAUAUCUGGAUAAACAAUAUAAUCUAUUUGGAUUCAGUAAUAAGCUUGUUCUUAAUACCCAAAUACUGUCAUUGAACUAUCAAUUACUGUACCAGUGGGUAAUUGUACAGAUUAGAUGUUUUAAUUAGCAAAUUAUUCUGUGAUUUUUUGACAUAAUCAGUUUAUAUCUUUCAAGAAUAAACGGUACCAACUUAAGGUCUAUAGAUAUUAGUUUAUCGACAAUUUAGUUUACUUACAAAAAUUUCCAAUUCCAAUGAUUAUGCCCAACAUAUUGCCCGGCUCAAUGUAUGGCCAUGUAUGUAUUUCAAUUUUGAUGACUUGAUAGGGGACUAUAUCUGUCAACUGUCUUAUAAUUAUAUACUGAACUUAUAAAAUAUGUUAAAUAUCGGACACGGCUAAUGGCUAUUAAACAAAAAAGGUCAAUGAUCAAUGUCGACCCAGAUUACGUAAGUAUCUAUCUGUAUAGGCUAUAUUAUUAGCCUUUAAACAAAAAACAUAUUCAGCAUAAUUAUAGCUAGGUUAUAUACGAAUACGAUAAAAAUUCUAGUUUCUACGAACAUGUGGUACAAUUUUUACGAAGGGGUAUAUAGUUGUUUUUUUGGGUUGUUUUUUUUUGUUUGUUUUUUUAUUCGUUGUUGUUGUUAUGCGAUAUUUAGCCUGCUGCACAUCUUGCAUGAUUUUUACUUCCUGCUUUAAAGAAUUAACUAUACGCACGUUUGAUAAAAUCCAAGCUGAGAUCUGUCUAGCACAUCGACAAAAUAAAGACUCGGUGGUAUAAUUCAUGGGUUGUUUCAACAUGAUUAAUUAAAGCAAAUAAGAUGUAUUGUCAUUCAUUGCACAAAUGUUAUCUAACCAAUACAAUAUCAAUCAGUCGGGUUUUAGAAUUUAGCGAAUGUAUCAAAAUCGUCGGAUAAUAUAUUGUCUCUUUGCCAGCAUCGUGGUAGAGCACGCUUCUGGAAAUAUCUCGAGCCAGGAUAUUUUGCAUAAAAAUAUAUAUAUAAUAGACUUUGUACUAUGGAACUCAAGAGAGCGGAAGUCGUUUCAGAAACGAAACGAGGGGUCACUUGGGGUCACCUAUAAUUGUAUUUCGGAGCUAUAUUUUUUCUGGAAUUUGUCCCUCACAUCUUUGGUAAAGGCUGGUUUACACUAUCAAAGUUUCUGUGAUUACAGUAGGAAUUUUGCAUAGGUAAAUUCUAAGUUUUGAAGGAUUUUGUAAAACACUGUUUGAGUCCUUCAAAUAUUUCUUACAAUUCCUUCAAAACAUAUAGAAUUUACCUAUGCAAAAUUCCCACUGUGAUAGUGUGAUCACAGAAACUUUUAGCGAGUUGUGCGAUUGCAGGCAUGCAUUACAAAAAUUUAUUGUUUUAAAUUGGUUGUUUGCUUUGGAAAAAAAACACUUCCUUAAUCCCAUUCUCAACUUGAUGAGCGAUGCUCUUGGAGAAAAUGUCUGUAACAAAAUAUGUUUAAAUAAAAAAAAAGUUUCCUGUGAAAUUAGGGCGAGAACAAUUAUGAGCGUAACUUCACUACUGGAUGCAGCCUUACCUGGUAGCAACACAAUUAUUUUGGAAAUCACUCCCAGAAGAGACCGCACGACGACAAUCAAAAUAUCAAAGCGACGACUUGAGCUAUCUAUAAAUUUGGUUUGGAAAAGAACCAGAUCAUAAGCAUUUCUAAUUUCAAUCACACAUUUGUUCGUAUAAUUGCACAUCAGUUCAAAUUGCACAGGUACAUUCAUUUGCACAUCAGUUCGAAAUGACUAUGGUAUAUAGAGUAUAUAGUACACUAUAUCACUAUUCCAAUACAAUAAUCAAAUACAAUAUUCCUGUACAAGUGGUCCUGUACAAGACAGACCAACGUACCUCUUUUAGAGACGAGAAGGUCAAACUGUCAAUAAGGAAAACUUAAUUUAUUUAGUAAGUAUUCAAUAAUAGAAAAAUUGUCAUUAACUAGAAAUCAUAGAAUUAUGGCAAUGAGUAUGGUGAUCGAUCAGUGAGUAUCAUUUAUCGAUAAAUGAGUACAGUAUAUAACAUUUUCAGACAAGAUAGAUGUGAUAGCUGAGGAGCUCGAGGUGGUGCAUGUUUUUGCCUUCGUUUCUGCCAAUAUAUCAUGCAAACAAAGACAAUAUCUCGAAAAUGGAGCCCAAAACGAAAAUCUUUUAUGUGGACUCUCUAUAUAUGUAUGAUCUGGCAAAUAAACGCCUUCGAAUGCAUGGUUGUUUGCUUUCGAAAAAAUACAUUCCUAAAUGCCAUCGGGGAUAUGUACUUCAUGUGAUCCCUACUGUAGUGUGUCAGAUUGAUCCCUACUCCACCCCGCCCCUAACCUCUAACCCCGGGUAAUGGGCCAUGUCAAGACAUUGCCACCUUCUCUCCACCACUUAUAUGGUACAUUACUUAUGCAGAGCAAACUAAGCUCUAAUUAUUACGGUCCAAAACUGAUAAGGGUCACUGAAAUGAAGUAUCUACCCCAUAGGGCAGGGGAAAUCAUGAGCAUGCAUCUAACUGCUGAGUGCACUAUGAAAACGAACGUCAACGGCUACUCUGAUCAAAAUCAGCAUAUAUAUAUUCUCUGAAUAUUUAUAUUAGCUUUCAACUAAAUACCUUUCUUUUAGAUAAUGACACUUGCGUUCAAAAGACAGAGAGUGACAAAUGCUGCAAGUUUCCGUUUGAUUACAAGGGGAAGACCUACUACUCGUGUACAAAGAAAGGAUACAGUUGGGGAAUUAUUGGCUACUCUUGGUGUUAUUAUGAUGAGGCUCACAUGCAGCAUGAAGCAUGCAAAGGUAAAAGAAAUACGGAAAAGAGUAGAGUUUCUUGAAGUUUAGUAGGUUUUUUAGAUAAAUAUAUCAACUGCCAGUAAUUUUCGUAUAUAUAAACACUUUCUCUAUAAAUUCAUAUACCAGGGAAGGGCUACGUUUUAGCUAUUCUAUCUAUAAUAUAAAGCCACGUUCAAACAAUGAUCACGGUUAAUGGAAUUAAGUUGAUGAGAGUUGCAAUAGAGUUUAUUAGAUUCUCAAUGACUUUCAUCAGCUCUCGUCGACUUUGAGCUGAUGAGAGCUGAUGCGGAGAGCCGUUCACAAAAGUUUUUCUUGUUUGAUCGGUUAGCGUAAUAUCCAGUCAACCGUCAUCAACCCUUUUGCAACUCUUGUUACAUAAGGGUUGAUGAUACCCCGCUCAAAAUUUGGCCGGGGCAUGAAAAUUCAUGAAACUCGCAUGCAAACUCUCGCUUGCUAACUAUAGGGUUUAAUUUGCAUUACAUACAUGCUUUUAUACGACAGCGAGUCCUUGUUUUCGUGUACUCUAGCUGGCUUAAUGCACAGCGGCUUCUCCUCCUUGCUACAAAUGGAUGAAUACCCGAAAUUAUCACCCCUGUAUCAAUUUAAUCCAAACGAUCAACAACGAUGGACAAUAUUCUAAAAUUUCAAAAACAAAAAUUAUCGGAGUGUUUUCCCCUCAGCUAAAUUCAAUAUAUCAUUGAUGGACCAUAAUACUGUAACAACUUCAUAGAUGCGUGUUACCCAAGAUCAAAGAUUAGUCUUCGAAAUCCAGUUGUCGGCUGCAUGCAUGAAGAAUAUAAACCUGCCGUCAAAAUAUUUUAAUUUAAAUUCUAAAAUGACGUUUAAUUAAGCAAAGCGAACAUGAAGAAGUUGCUUUAAAUUGGCACGUAUGUGCAAAUGUGUUGCAAAUAUCGUAAUAAAUUUGCAAGCGUGCAAAGAAGUGGGCAAAUGUGAAGAGAAUUGAUUUAGGUGCAAAGAUGAAUUCCCAGUCAUUGCGAAUUCGAACUACUAAAUUUGCACUAAGUUUGCAACUAUUGCAAAUUUAGUGCAAAGUUAAUUUUUCGUCCCGUGACUCAUUCUCGUUUAACCAGUAAUCCAGACCCUUUCGGUAUAAGAUUCAUUGUUUCCUUUAGUUUUUGAUCAUAACAUUUAUAAAUUAUUUGUUUUUCUUCAUGCUUCUUCUAUACCUUCAAUAAUUUAUUAAAUAACUAAAUUAAAUACCAAGCUUUCAGAAUAUACGCGUCCAUCAUCAAAGACUAAAAAUAAAUGUAUUUCUGCAAGCGAGAGGUUUAUAUCCUGCGCGUAGGUUCACCGUAACCUGUCAUGCGCAAUGGCCAUUCAUAACAUGCAAUCAUGCACAAAUUUAAAGUAAAUACUACGGUCAUAUAUAAAAUUAUGCAUAAACCAUUGUCCUAAUAUUUGUUUAAAAGUUAUCCUCUAUCCUUGUUGGCAAUUGCACUUUGUGUUUUUUCUAUCUUCCACCCUGACUAGUGUAUGUAGCCUACCACUGGUUGAAUAUCUAUGUUCAACGAUUUCUUGAUUGUAUUUCUUUUCAAAAUGACAAUGAUUCAAAUAAUGUGUACACGAGUGAUUAAUAGAAGGGAAUUAAGUUGUGGGUGAAUUGAGAGAAAGCCAUCUUAAGACUAGAAAGGGAAGGAUUUUAGGAAAAGCGAUUAUAUAACACUUCUUCAUUUCUCUUUAGAACCCAUCUAUCGUCCAACAACACAGCCUACACCAUCAACAAAACCAACAGAAGAGCAAAGAAUGUUCUCUCAAACUUCGUCGUCGUUGAAUGUGACGGCUACUUCUGCUUUGGUUCCCCUAUUUCCCUCACACGAAAUUCAUCCUUCCAGGCCCAGUAUAUCCUCGCCAUCACGCUCAACAACAACGGUUAUGGCACGAAGUGGAACAGAAAAGAGAUCUUCCAAACGAGAUGUAACCAAACAAAAUAUGUAUAUCAUCUUAGGUUGUGGUGUUAGUGGAGGAAUUUUACUUGUAAUGAUAAUCGCAUUAACAGUUAUUAUUUAUUUGAAAAGGUAAUGGCGUCACUGAUUUUGUGCUCGGGACCUUUCUGGGUGGCCCUGGACGAAGGCCUUCGAUAUCUCUUAUCGUUGACAUUCAAAAUUGCUGCCCAAUUUGCUGCCCCGGUUAGCUGUGCAUACUCUUGAACAAUGCCGUCAAAACAGGGAUUAGGGUAGGAAAAGAGGAGAUGGCAUUAAUGAUUCAGGGUCUAACUCGUAUACAGUUGUACAUGCAAGUCAUGCCUGAUUUUCCAGUUAUCAAAAUAAACUCACCCAUUUUUUCUGGAAAAUUAAAUACCAGAACCGAUCCUAUCGUUGUUUUAAGUAAAAUUGUUUUUCUAUAGAAAAAAUAAAAUGAAAGUGAAAAAAGAAGAAGAAGAAGAGGAAGGAGAUCAACAUGAGAUGACCAGGUUGGAAAAGAUUUUUCAAUAUUUUACUGGACAGUAAAAAGCUUGACUGUUACAAAUAGUUAACAUUCAAUAGAUAAAAUUUACAAGGUGAUACAUACGAACAGCUUGAAUGUGAAAUCAAUUUCCCAAAUUGAAAAUAAAUUGUAAGAAUAGCCAGUUUUAAGAAUGAUUAUUACCGCGAGCUCUCCUCUCAUUACACACGCAAAUUUUCUUAACUUAUGUAUCCUUAUUAAUUUUUUGUCCAUUCAGCUAUAGGUUGACAGAUGCAACAAAUAAUCCAGUAUACGAAUCGAUUGACAAAGACCUGGAUAUCAAAAGCGAUGAAGAACAACAAGCAUUACAACCCCCACAUAUAUACCAAGAGCUCGAGGAUCCACAAGGUCCUACUUCAUGUACGCAUGAAUAUAGUACUCCUUAUGAAACGUCAAUGUCAAACAAUGAUGGUCCGAAAAUCACACCAGCGUUAAACGACACAGACAGUUUUGCCCACUUUAAUGAACUUUACGAAACUAGUUGA